GCAUUUGCAAAGCAGUAUUUUGUGGAUUUCAAAGUGCAGUUGAUUCAAUUUUGUCAGCUGGGAAAACCAGCGUGGCUGCAAUUCAUUGAUUUUUUUCCCGAUGGUUAUCAAGUUCGCUAUAAUGCCCUUCUGGAAGCAUGUGCAGCAGCGCCACUACCCUCCUAUGACGAUGCAAUCAAAGAGCCUGUUUUUGCUCCUCCAGCUUACUCGGCAGUCAUUGCACAGCCAACGCCAACAUCAGCUACUGCUCCAACGAACAGGGAAACAGCAACUGCGCAGCAGCAGCAGCAAAACGCAGACCCAUCGGAAAACGAGCAAGUAACACCAGAAAGCAGCAACAGCAACAGCAGCAGCAGUGGCUCGGAGGAGGACUUGCUGCCGGUGAAUUCAGCUGAAACGGUUACGUCGGUGGAGGUGCAUCAGCCAAACGAGGAUCAUCUUCAUGCCGAUGCCAAUGAGGAGAAGCCAGCCGAUGAGUAG